AUUAACUCCACCAAACAAAAAUUUCAAAAUUCAUAUGGGGGCUCUAAACAGAAUUUAACAACAAGGGCUCUCAACAUUUUUUUACUAGCUACCAUCAUUUGUUUUUCUUUCUUACAAAGAAAAAAAUUACAAAUCAAAAUCUUCCAAAUAUGUCUAUGCUUGAGGUGAGAGUUCCAAACCUGGACUGUGAGGGAUGUGCUUUGAAGCUAAGAAAAGCUCUGUUCAAGCUCAAAGGGGUCGACGACGUGGAUGUCGACAUGGACUUACAAAAGAUCACGAUCAGAGGAUACCUAUUGGAAGAGAAGAAGAUUUUAAAGUCCAUAAAACGAGCCGGGAAAGCAGCCGAGCCAUGGCCUUACCCGGGCUACUCUUAUUUUUCAUCCUUCUACAAGUACCCGAGCCACGUCAUCAGCCACUAUUAUGACACGUCGAGGAAUGUGGUCGAGCCAAGUGUCCACACGUUUUUCCACACGCCAGCUGUGUACUCGUUGGCCGUGGCCUCGGAUGAGGUGGCGGCGUCGCUUUUCAGCGAUGACAAUCCCCACGCGUGCUCGAUUAUGUGAAUGAUGAUUUGUAUUGCGAAAAUUCGAGUUUGAGUUGGCAUUUUUAAUUGACUAGUACAUACUCCGUGCGACGCACGAGACAUUCAAUGAGUUAUUUUCACAGUAUUGUCCGUCUAAGUCUAAAAAAUAAUAGGAUUAUUAUUUAUUUUCUAACUAUUUUAAUCAAUGUUAAGUCUAAAAAACAAUAGGGU